CAAGAAUGUCAGGACCCUCACGAGGAACUCCGUCUGUGUGGCACUCCCUGUCCACUCGCAUGUAAAAACUUCACUAAAAGCGGAAGUUGUCUUGAUUAUUGCGUACCCAAUGUGUGCCAAUGUAAGCACCCGUACGUGAGGGACGAGAGCACCGGGAAGUGUGUGGUGACCGACGAUUGCCUAAUAGAGCCCAUCCAUGAUUGCAAAGAUCCGAACGAACAGUUCUUACGGUGCGGUACAUACUGUCCACUGGCCUGUAGUAACUACACUAAAAAGGACUGGGAGUGUAUUGAUUGGUGUCUACAAGAUGUGUGUCAGUGUAAGCACCCGUAUGUCUGGGAUGAGAGCACAGGGAGGUGUGUGGUAACCGAUGACUGUUACGUAAAGCCAAUUACCUUGGUGUAUGAUUAG